UGCGAAGGACCUUGAGACUGCGAUCGAUCUACAGCGACACACAACACCUUUCCGGCUUUCCCAGUUGCAGUCACAGUCCCUCUGCGAUCGUUGACAAUCAGUAGGCGCACUCACAAUGGACUUUCAAAACCGUGUCGGAUCAAAGCCGGGGUCCGCCGGCGUGGCGGGUGGAUCCGAAUCGAACGUAGACCGUAGAGAGCGACUUCGAAAGCUCGCUCUUGAAACCAUCGACCUCGCAAAGGAUCCAUAUUUCAUGAAAAACCAUCUUGGCUCGUACGAGUGCAAGCUUUGUUUAACUCUACACAACAACGAGGGUUCCUACCUUGCGCACACACAGGGAAAGAAACAUCAAACCAAUCUCGCCCGUCGGGCAGCUAAAGAUGCACGGGACACUCAAACUGUUGGGAUACCUGAUGCAACAGGAGCCGUCGGACCUCGAAUUGUUCCAAAAAAAGUUGCUGUGAAGAUUGGGCGCCCGGGAUAUAAAGUCACCAAGAUUCGGGAUCCACAUACAAGGCAGCUUGGUUUGCUCUUCCAAAUCCAAUAUCCUGAAGCAGCUGAGGGAAUCAAACCACGACACCGAUUUAUGUCCGCAUAUGAACAGCGACAAGAGGAGCCCAACAAGUACUUUCAAUACCUCCUCUUUGCGGCAGAGCCGUACGAAACGAUAUCUUUUAAAGUACAAAGCAAGGAAAUUGAUAAGACUGAGGGGCGAUUUUGGACAUUUUGGGAUCCGGAUGCACGGCAAUUUCAUUUGCAGUUCUUUUUCAAACACGAUAGACCGGGAUACAGCGGUGGUGGUGGUGGAGCGGGGAUGGUGAUGGAUAGGGGCAGGGCUGCUUUGAUGGGGAUGCCCGAGCCUGGAACGAAUCCGCUGAAUCCUUACAGCUAUGGUGCGCCGGCACCACAACCGACGUUCAUACGCCAGUGAUUUCGUUGGAUCUGACGGAUAAAUGGAUGUUGGUGGCGGAGGGUGUCCGGUUUUUCCUGUAUAAAACAGUAUGCAAAUCCCUAAUUCUUUGUAAGUUGAUGCAUUUACUAUGCCCGUGUUGUGUUUUAUCCACGGAGCAUUUAAAAGGCGAGGUUCACUACAUUGGUGCGUGCCAUUCAAUGUGAUCAUUAACACUCAGUAGUGGGUGUCCGUAG